GUUUGGUGUCUCGUGGCCUUUCAUCGCGAGUAUAUAAGCCCGUCACGGCUCAAGCCAGGCACCAUUCACCGCCCCGCCAGACACUGCUCCACGUGCUCUUCUUCCCUCCCGCAGCCAGCCGCUCACCCAAGACACAAGGAUGCCUUCCCCUGCCCUCACCACGUACAGCCCUGACCUCAUGACCCAGGUGGACCAGACGCUCCGCACCCUCGGCUUUGACCUCACCAGUCUCGUCAAGUCCUUCGACAUCAAGACGGUGGGCCUCCUGACGUUGGUAGUGAUAGGGGCCAUCUUCCUCUUUGACCUGAUCCACUAUGGUUACGCAAGCUACGCCGGCAGCUCCUCCAGCUACACCUCCUACGGCCGCAGUCUUGUGACCAGCGCCGCCAAGGUGUGGGACCAGAGGGACCAGCUGGGAGUUGCCUCAGGACUUCGCAACGGGCGUGACCUGGAUGCCAUGACGCAGAUCCUAGACUCCAUCGCCGACGCAAUCAUCAAGUACGACAAGCUGGAGGAUAACGAGGUGGGACAGACCCGCAAGAGCAAGGACCUUUAAGGAUCCAACGCCGUGCCAUCCUGCAGCGCUCCCAGCACAAGAAUGAAGGCUUUGUGUCUCCUGGCUGCCCAUGCACACACUCCUCCUCACCCUGUUCUUGUGCCACAGGAACCAAUGCUGACAAGUCUUAUACAUAUGCGGCAUUCUAUAAACUCUAAUCAGUAAUGAUAAUACACUGCGUGUCGCUAUAGUGAUAAAAUUUAAUUUGUUAGAAAUUCUUAUCGAAACUCAGUUCCACUUACAAGUAUUAAGUCCAAGUACUAAGGAUAUUAUAGAUUCUAACCAGUUCAAAAUUUUAAACGAAACUCAUUUAUUUCUUUGUAUUAACAGGGCGUCAGUUUCACAGUCACUACCCACUGACGUUUUUUUUUUUUUUUAUUACUAAACGAAGAAAAUCAAAUAAUAAGAACGUAAGAGAACUGCAAAAACUCAAUAGGCCAGUCUCUGCAUAAAACAAUAUCUAUGUAAUCAGGUAAAAGAAAUGCUGAAAAGUUGCUAACUGAAGAAUGAAGGAGAGAAUGAUAGUUAUGGACAGCUCAGGAGCUUUGUCACAUUACUUGCAUUAUAACAGCAUCAAAGGAUCUCUCUUUACCUGUCUGUGUCUCAUCUAGUAAGGUGAUGUACUCGCGGUGUGUGUGUGUGUAUCUUGCUGGCAAAGAUAACGCAUCAAGACGCUUCACCUUACUCUUUCUGUAUUUAUUGCCAAUGAUGCUUAUAGCUAUGUAUUUUCUUAACAAAUAAAGUUAUUGAUUUUUA